CCGAUUAAUCACGUUGAUCAAGGGCCGAACAUCAAGCCUUGCUCAGGCAUUUGUAAGCGGGGAGGUGACAUACCAAGACUGCUUGCUGGCAGCUUCAUCUCUCAUACUGUAAAUGCUGCUCGGUCAACUUUGGCCUCUAUGGAGCGCACCUACUUUAAUUGCUUAUAGUGCUCGCUUGUCAAAGAUUAAGAUCCAAUUGAAAAUCAAGAGUCCUAUAGUAUUCUAGUUCAAAAGAAGAUUUUUGGAUUUUGAUGGAUGAAACUCGAUGAUUUUACACCACUCCUCACGUGGAAUGUUUUUUCGUGGUAUUUGAAAAAUUUUCGAAUUUUACAUAAAAAUAGCUUGAUCAAGUCGACGCUAGUAAUAAAAGGAUUGAAGACGACUGAAUGCAAAAGGUUUCUGCUGACUAACUCAUUUUUUGACCAUCAAAAACAAGCGUCUCUGUGAUGGAUCGUUGGUACUGGACCGAUUCCUCUAUGAUGCCGGGCGAGGUGGCAAAGUACUCUUGUGCUUGUAAGCGUCUGUAUGACGGCGACGAUCGAACGUCUUAUGAAGAUGGUCAUUUGAGUAUCACGAAUGUUCGAUUAAUGUGGAAACAUCCAUCUCAAUCUAAGUCCCUUGGCCUAUCGCUGGCCUUGGUGGUCUUAGUGGAAGAAGAAACAGGCGGAUUCUUGUCCAGUGCAAAGUUGGUGAUACACCUGAGUCCUAGGCCUCCAGAACAACCCGAUGGACCUGUGGGGAAAAGUUCCAACGCUCAUAUCAAGUUGGCUAUCAGGCAGUCGGACCUACAGACAAGCCUUUCACAAUUACAGGCCGUGCUCUCUGACCGAGCUUGGGUAUCGAGCAGUUUCCGCAAUCUUUCUUUAAACCACCCUACUCGUGGCAAUGCACCCAAAGCCCCUCGUGCGGGCAUCCUGGGCAUUGAGAGAGCCUUGGAAGCCAAGCAGCAGGCUGCUAAUGAGAGCAUAUCCAGUGCAUUCGAGGAUCUGAAACAGCUGAUGGUUCAAGCAAAAGAUAUGGUUGCUUUGUCCCACAACAUCGCAGCUCGUAUCAAAGAACAAGGCCAUGAUUCGUCGUCCGAUGAAACAACACAAUUUCGUUCGUGUCUCCUUAGCCUUGGUAUCGACGAUCCUGUCACGCGUGACGCCGUGGGAUCUACCAACGAAUACCACAAAAAACUGGCCAAUGAGAUCUCGUCGGCUCUGACAAUCCCUGUUCAAGAAGCAGGUGGUGUGAUGUUGCUUUCAGAAGUAUAUUGUCGCAUCAACCGAGCUCGAGGCAUGCAACUGCUGUCGCCUGAAGACGUCGCGAACGCUUGCUCGCUGAUGAAAAACUCCAAGUAUCCCCUAAACUUGCAUGCAUUCGAGUCUGGGGUGCAAGUGUUGCAAUUGUCUUCGCUGAGUACUGCAAAGCUGGUUAAAGAGACUCGGGAUCUGUUGGAGAACGAGUGCGGUGGACGUGAUGGGUUUGGAGAGGGUCGCUGGAGGGGGGUGUCUGCAGGAGAAGUGGCCAGACUAGCGGGAUUACCGCUGAUGUUGGCGAAAGAACGCCUGCUUCUCUGCGAACGCGAAGGCGCCGUGCUAAGAGAUGAAUCUAAUCAAGGCCUUAAUUUCUAUCCUAACUAUUUUGAUGCUCUUGAAGCCUAGUCUUCUUAAUUGAAUUUACUGUAAUUCUAUUUCAACAAUUUUUUUACCGACCUUGUUGAUGCUCCUGAGGUCUAGUCUACCGCUAAGUAUGAUUGUUUUGAGGAUUAAUGAGUAUAACUUUACAAUGGAUUUACCUGGUGUAUUGGUAUUUACCUAGAUUUUUUCCGAGUACAAGUUAAAAUUGCAUAAAAGCUUAUUAUGUUUCACUUCAAUCGCUGAUUAUCAAGCUAUAAAGCUAGUUUAAUUCGUGCCUACAUUACGCAAUCACAUUUUGGUAAAAGAAUUUGGCAUGUAUUGCAAGUUUUUUUCCAUUGUAGUGGUUUUUUACCUAGCUUACUGAUUCAAAUUAAAAUAAUUGUAGAAACGUAAUUAAAUGGUCGAUUUUUGUGGAGAAUUUGCAAUAAGUUUCCAGCCACAAAAUGAACUAAAAUUUUUCCUACUUUGUCCCAGAAUGCGUCUCAACUGUUACGUGUUGCAAAUUUUCUGAACGUAUCGAUAUUGCAUGCCAACAUGUAAGAAAUUAGGUUAUUGACUUAUUGCUUAGUUUAAGCUGAUAUUAUUCGACUUGAAAAUUCUGGGUUCGCAUUUUUUCACUUUCAUUUUUCACAUAUCGGUUUCGGUAGCAAGAAAGAUGCUUGGGUAUCUUAUUUCUCGUGAACCGUUCUAGAUUCCAUGUCGGCGAAUGACGCUGGUGUUUCCUAUGUUAUUACUAAUGUUUAGAAACACUGCCUCACAUAUUACGUUUAGAAAUAUGAUAGGUAUUUUUGAUUCAAAGUAAAUUUUAACGGUCCUGAAAAGUUUGAUGCUCCCAUUAGCUGCAAUGUCUCUGUUUCUAUAAAUGCUCGUUUUCAUUAUAUUUCAAGAGAAACGCGAAAUAACCUCCAAAAUAUUCGACGUGGUACCUACUAUUUCAAUGUCCACAAACAAUUCUUUUAUAUUGGCCAAUUAUGCGUAUUGUACUGAUUGUUACUAAAUUUUUCACAGCUUUCGAAAAUUUAUUAUAAACUUUAAAUGUUCUCAAUCUAUUGUCAUUUUAAAUGAGCAAGUUUGAUAGACGAAUUACUUCUACACUUCUAAGCUCAUUAUUGAAACUUUGGCUAGAGGUAAUUUUUUCGUUUAUAAUUGAUUGUUACACAUAAAUUUUACAAAAUUAGAUUUUGUUUUAUCCCCUGAAUCUUUUUUCGUUGAAGCAUAUUCCGUCUUGGAACUAAAAAUUUUCUGUAUUUUUUUGUAAAAAUAUUGACAGGUGUCGACAAUUUGUUAUGAAGUUUUCGCG